AUGGCUGCCCACACACAAGGGCACAGUGUUGAAGAGGGCAUGCUGAGUAAUUUGAAAAAGGUCACUUAUGUUGAUGUGUCAGCAAACAAAUUCUCCUCUGUUCCAAUUUGUGUCUUACGGAUGUCAAAUUUGCAGUGGUUGGACAUCAGCAGUAAUAACUUAAAGGAUCUCCCAGAAGACAUAGAUAGAUUAGAAGAGCUGGAGACUUUACUACUGCAGAAAAAUAAUAUAGUCUACCUGCCAUUCACAUUGACCAACAUCGCUAAAUUGAAAUUGCUGGUUGUCAGUGGUGAAAGCUUGGUUGAGAUACCCUCUGCCCUUACUGAAAACCCUGCUCUGAAGUAUGUCAGGAUUCUAGAUAAUCCAAUUGAAUCAUGUGAGAGCUUAAAUAAUGAAAAUGAAGAUGAGAAUGAUCAAGACCGUGAACAGUUUGAGAAGGAGUUUAUGAAAGCUUACCUUAAAGAUCUUAGCGAAAGAGAUGCCACUCCUACUUAUACAAAGAAGGUGUCGCUGACCUUGCAGAUAUAG